AUGCCCAACACCUCUUCCUGGAGUGCCAGCUCUCCUCUGCUGCUGCUCUGGGAGGACUCUGGGACCCACAUCUUCCUGUCGCUGCUCUACGCAGUCUUAGCUAUCUCAGGGACUUUAUCCAACGUGAUGGUCAUCUAUUUAGUCUUCUCUUUCAAGAAGCUGCAGACAACUAGCAAUGCCUUCAUUGUGAACGGCUGCGCGGCAGAUCUAAGCGUGUGUGCCCUAUGGAUGCCCCAAGAGGCUGUGCUGGGGCUCCUGUCUCCCAACUCCUCCUCCCUUCGCUCGGCAGAGUACCGGUUGCUCCGAGGCGGGCUCCUCAGCCUCGGCCUCACUGUCUCCCUGGCCUCUCACCUGCUGGUGGCCUUCAACAGGUACGUGCUCAUCACCAAGCUGCCCAGCGUGUACCAGGCCCUCUACCAGCGGAGGAACACAGGAUGCAUGAUCGGACUCUCAUGGGCCCUCGCCCUGCUCCUCGUCCCGCUGCUGCCCGGGCUCUGGACUUCGAGCUCUGCCCAGCAGCCGCCCCCGCGGCAGUCAGACAGCAGCUCUCGCUACACCGCCCUGCUCAUCGCCCUGGCCGUGCUGGGCCAGACCGCGCUGCUGCUCCACUGCUACCUCGGUAUCGUGCGGCGGGUGCGCGGCAGCGCCAAGCGGGUCAGCGUCCUCAACUUCCACCUGCUCCACCAGCUGCCCUUCCCUGCCGCUCCGCCCCCGCCCCGCCGCGCCCAGCGCCGCCUCAGCAGCGUCUCCGUUCUGCUGCUCUGCUGCGUCUUCCUGCUGGGCACCCAACCCCUGGUCUGGGUGAGCCUCCUGAGCUUCUUCCUGCGGCCGGCGCCGCCGGCGCUGCAGGCCACCAGUUGGCUGCUGCUCUGCUCCCUUUCGGCCUUCAAUCCCCUGCUCUACACCUGGCGCAGCGAGGAGUUCCGCCGGGCGGCCCGCUCCGUCCUGCCCCGCGGCGAGGGCUCCGCCGCCGCCCCGCGAACCGCCGGUGCCGGUGGCUCCGCCGCCGCCGCCCCGCCCUGCCCGCAGCUACCGCGGCGGCGGGGGACGGCGGGCAGCGCCAGCGCCGCAGCCGCACCGCGCUGA